AUGAAUAAUAUUAAUGAAUUAACUACUUAUAGAAGCAGAAGCCAUUACUCUCCAUCAUAAUUAUCAUCCAGUUCUGGGUUUCUGAAUUAACAAUAUGAUGAAUUUGUAAAUAAGAUUUAUGGCAAAACAAGACAAAUAAAAAUACAUCAUCUUAUUCCUAAACAGACCAAUAAAGCGUUUGAAAUAACUACUCCAUAGUAUGAAGAUGCAAUAUACAAAAAAAUGGAUGAUUACAUAAAAAAUGAAAAGAUUAGUCAGAGAGAAACAAGGAUUCAAGAAAGAAUUAUUGAGAAAGAAGUCAUUUAACAAUAUAAGGCAAAAUAACAUACUUUUAAAUUAUUGAUCCCUGAUUAAAGUUAUAUCAAGAUACUGCAGUCCUGUUAAAAUUAUAUGCCCAAAUUUAAGUUUUCCAGAUUCAACAGUCCUAACAACCAAGCGAAUAACGAAAAGUUGUUACACAAAGUUAGUGAAUUACUACAAUAGAGAAAAUCAAGACAUGACAUUUAUAAAAAACAGUUAGAAUAUGAAAGAAAGAGAAUACAGAAAAAACUCAAAGAGUUCCAAGUCCGUUGA